UGCUUGACAGCUUCAUCCCCGCCCACUGGCAGGAGAACGCGGACGGGCAGCACGCGAGCGCGCAGGGUCCUUAAAAGCCGCGGCCGCGCGGAGACGCCGAGCUCGCCCACCGCGCGCAGGCGGCGACAUGCACGUGAACGGCAAAGUGGCGCUGGUGACCGGCGCGGCCCAGGGCAUCGGCCGAGCCUCCGCCGAGGCGCUGCUGCUCAAGGGCGCCAAGGUAGCGCUUGUCGAUUGGAAUCGUGAAGCAGGUUUAAAGUGUAAAGCUGCCCUGGAUGAGCAGUUUGAACCUCAGAAGACUCUCUUCAUCCAGUGCGAUGUGGCCGAUCAGGAACAACUAAGAGAUACUUUUAGGAAAGUUGUAGACCACUUUGGAAAACUGGACAUUUUGGUGAAUAAUGCUGGAGUGAAUAAUGAGAAAAACUGGGAAAAAACUCUGCAAAUUAAUUUGGUUUCUGUCAUCAGUGGAACCUACCUGGGUUUGGAUUACAUGAGCAAGCAAAAUGGAGGUGAAGGUGGCAUCAUUAUUAAUAUGUCCUCUUUAGCAGGGCUGAUGCCUGUUGCACAACAGCCUGUUUAUUGUGCUUCCAAACAUGGCAUAAUUGGAUUCACACGCUCGGCAGCGAUGGCUGCUAAUCUCAUGAACAGUGGUGUGAGACUGAAUGCCAUUUGCCCAGGCUUUGUUAAUACACCCAUCCUCAAAUCCAUUGAAAAUGAAGAAAACAUGGGACAAUAUAUAGAAUACACGGAUCAUAUCAAGGAUAUGAUGAAAUACUAUGGAAUUUUGGACCCAUCAAUGAUUGCCAGUGGAUUAAUAACACUCAUUGAAGAUGACACUUUGAAUGGGGCUAUAAUGAAGAUCACAACUGCUAAGGGAAUUCAUUUUCAAGAUUAUGAUACAACCCCAUUUCACACGAAAGCUCAGUGACCAUCUUAUGUGUCAGCUUUAGCCGAAAAUAAGCACAAAUGACUUAGACCACAUCUUCAUUUGAAUACAGCUUUUUCAAUGAAAUGUUAUCGUUUGAAGCUUUCCUUUCAUGCACGUGAUGUUCAUUUUUUCUAAAUGAUUAGUUAAGUAUAUAGAUUUAAAAAAUGAGGAACUAUCAAAAAUAUGACGUGGACCAAAGCUAGGUUUUGACCUUUAUAGCCUAAGUAAUGAUUAAAACAAAGGAUAUUCCAGGAAUAUUCUGCCUUGCAGAAAAUAUAUUUAAAUUUGUGAUUCAUAAAUGUUAAUGUUUUUCAGAACAUCAUUUUAAAGGAGAUACUUGAAUUGCUAUUUAUAUCAAACCAGAUGUGAAAAACUCAUUUUGUUUCUAUGUUCGCACUUUAAAAGAAGGAAGCUACCUACAACGGCAAAUAUUUAGUAACAAUAACUUUUACUUAUAUACCAUCUUUCAGCCGAAUAGUUCAGCUCUUUGAGGAUGUGCCACCUUUGGGAGCCCGUAGGUAAGGAAUAAAUUACAGUGUGAAUAUAUCCUAAAUGAAAAAUCUAAUGUAUGGAAAAGUGACAGAAAUGAAUUGGCUGAGAUGUUAAUCCACAGUUCAGCCUCCCAUCUGGGGAAAACAUUUCUUUCCUCUCUGCUUACUUUAAGAAUUUUGACUACAAAAAUCUCAGGAAUUAAACUCUUAAUAGUUACAGCAAAAAGGAUAGUUAGUGCUCCUAAAACAAGCUUGUUAAGAAAAAAAUACAAAUGUAAUUUUUUUCAGAUUACUUCUUUGUUUAUUUGUACCAAUUUCAAA